UGUUGGCGUGAGGACAGGCCUUCAGAGCCUCAGGCUGAGGACACCACCCUCAUCCGGCAAACCUUUGGAGGAUCCUGGAGGUCUCAAAUCCAGUGUCUCCAAUGCCAGGGCAUUUCCAGCACUUUCGACCCUUACCUGGACAUUAGCCUGGAUAUCAGGGCAGCUCAGAGUGUGAGCCAGGCUUUGCAACAGUUGGUGAAGCCCGAGCAGCUUGAUGGCCAAAAUGCUUAUCGUUGUAGUACUUGUCUCGACAAGGUACCUGCUUCCAAGACGGUGACUUUGGACACUUGCUCCAAGGUCCUCAUGCUGGUAUUGAAACGAUUCUCCCAUUUCACGGGCAGCAAACUGGCGUCCGAAGUCCAAUAUCCUGAGUGCCUGGACAUGCAACCAUACAUGUCUGAGCAGAAGGGGGGAUCCAUGAUUUACGUGCUCUACACCGUGCUGGUGCACUCGGGGUGGAAUGGUCACAGCGGACAUUACUUCUGUUACAUCAAAGCUGGGAACGGCCAGUGGUACAAAAUGGAUGAUGCCAAGGUCACUGCCUGUGAUGUGACUUCUGCCCUGAGCCAACAUGCAUAUGUCCUCUUUUACAUCCAGAAGAGUGAAUGGGAAAAAGCCCGUAGGCGUAAUGCAGGCGGUGGGGAAUCCACACCCCUGCCGACUGAUCACACAGACAAGGCUGUGACCCAAGAAGGACCUGAAACAGACCCCCACAUCAAGGAUCCUGUGUCGGAGGAUCAUGUGGAAGAGACAUCAGUGCAACCAAUCACGUUAGACCAGUGGAGAGUCCUCCAGCAAAGCCACCGUCCCAAGUCUGAAUUCAACCUCAGGAAAAUAGAAUGUGCUCUUCCCGCCAAUGCCAUUCUAAUUCACCCGUCCAAAUACAGAGAGGAGAUGGGAAAGGAACAUCGUGAACAAAACACCUCCCGGCUUAACAAUUCAGCCAGGGAUAUCCCACCUCAGAGGUUAACAAACAUUGACAAUGUCCCUUGUCUCACAGGCAGAGCCAGAGCUACCAAGAGGAAGAACAAAAAGGGACCGAG